UUGUCCAAGCUGUUGGCGCCACAGACGCGGUUCUCUGACUACUGUCAAGAGUUAGAGGCACAGAGCUCUUAGUUAAGACACAGAUUUCGGUAAAGUUGUCUUUUUUUGUGUGUGUUGCUACGUUACUUCUCUACAACCAUGACGAAGCUAUCAGAAGGCGCGAUAGAGGCUCUGUCAAAGGGAGCUGGUGGUAAUGACGCAGUCCUUCAGCUGGUGAACAUUCGCAAGAUCGAUGGAGGAAAUGGUCCCGCUCGAUUUCGGGUGAUGAUGAGUGACGGACGUCAUACUCUAUCAUCCUUCAUGCUCUCCACCCAGCUGAACUGCAUGGCCGAGGAGAACCUGCUGGCUCCAAACUGCAUCUGUGUGCUGAAGAGGCAUGUGACCAACAUACUGAAGGAUGGACGGCGAGUGGUAAUCAUUUUGGAAAUUGACGUCAUCAAGCCUGCUGAAGACGUCGCUGGCAGAAUCGGAGACCCGACUCCUUACACUGAGGGCCAGAGUAAAGGUCCACAGUCAGUUCAAGCUCCAGUCCCUGAAAACCGACCUCCACUGCAGCCACAAAAUAAAAACGAAGUGAAUAAAGGUUUCAACAGAGACUUUGGGAAGAAGGCUUCAUCUGCUAUGCCAAGUACGCCAGGGGGCAGCUCCAAGGUUGUGCCCAUCGCCAGCCUCAACCCCUACCAGUCCAAGUGGACGAUCCGCGCCCGUGUGACCAACAAGAGCAGCAUUCGUACAUGGAGCAACUCUCGGGGAGAUGGCAAACUCUUCUCCAUGGAGAUUGUUGACGAGAGCGGUGAGAUACGAGUGACUGGUUUCAACCAAGAGGUGGACAAGUUCUACACCCUCAUAGAAGCUGGCAAGGUCUACUACAUCUCCAAGGGCUCCCUGAAGAUCGCCAACAAGCAGUACACGUCGGUGAAGAAUGACUACGAGAUGACACUCAGUGGAGAGUCCACCAUCAUUCCCUGCGAGGAUAGCUGUGACGUUCCCAUGGUGCAGUGUGACUUUGUCUCCAUCGGUGACUUGGAGAACAAAGACAAGGAUGCUAUUGUUGAUGUGAUCGGAAUAUGCAAGAGCGUCGACGAGGUGACCCGUCUCACGACCAAGACCAACCGCGAGGUGUCCAAGAGGACCAUCAGUCUGAUGGACAUGUCUGGGAAGUUGGUGACUGUCACGCUGUGGGGAGAGGAAGCAGAAAAGUUUGAUGGCGCCGGACAGCCCAUUGUAGCCAUCAAGGCAGCGAAGCUUUCAGAUUUCGGAGGCCGGUCACUCUCUGCAUCCUUCAGCAGCACUCUGAUGAUUAACCCAGACAUCCCUGAGGCAUUCAAGCUCAGAGGCUGGUACGACAAGGAGGGCCAUGCUAUGGAUGGACAGUCCCUGACGGAGCUGAAAGGUGCUGGCGGAGGAGGAAACACCAACUGGAAGUCUCUAAUUGACGUUAAGGCCGAGCAUCUGGGGCACGGAGACAAGGCUGACUACUUCACCUGCAUAGCUACCGUCGUGUAUCUGCGCAAGGAGAACUGCCUUUAUCAGGCCUGCCCGAGCCAAGACUGCAACAAGAAAGUGGUAGACCAGCAGAAUGGCAUGUUCCGCUGCGAGAAGUGUGACAAAGAGUUCCCCAACUUCAAGUAUCGCCUCAUCCUCUCUGCCAAUAUUGCGGAUUACGGGGACAACCAGUGGGUGACUUGCUUCCAGGAGAGUGCAGAGGCCAUCCUGGGCCAGAAUGCAGCUUACCUGGGGCAGCUCAAGGACUCGAAUGAAGCGGCCUUUGAUGAAAUCUUCCAGCAAGCCAACUUCAGUACUUUUGUCUUCCGCAACAGAGUGAAGCUGGAAACGUAUAACGAUGAAUCCAGGAUUAAGGCUACAGUGAUGGAGGUGAAGCCUGUGGACCAUAAGGACUACAGCAAGAGGCUGAUCAUGAACAUAAGGAAACUGGCUGCUCAGUAGGAGCCAGUGACCUUUGUUUUCUGUACAGCCAACAAACAGCUCUAAACCUUGUUUUCUUUGUUUAAAAAGCAUUUGUAUUUUAGUUUUUCCAUGAUUUUCUUUGUUUCCUGUCUGUACUGAUUGAGUUCCAGUACCCUGUGACUCGUCGCCUUUUCUUUGUGGAAUUAUGUCUAGUGGUGAGAUGGUGAUGAUUUGAUUUUUUUCUUGUUAUUCGGGGAAGCAGAGCAGAGAGAGGAGCUACAAAAGAAAUCAUCGUUGUGUGUGUCUUAAGUCAGCCAGUCGCUCGUGCAUACAGUUAACUGUGGCCAUGUGGGGAUGGUGGUUGCUUUUAAAGCAGGAGACCUGCGCAGUCGCUCGCACUCUUUUCACCCUCUGUCGCGCACUCAAAAUGACUGGGCUGGACCUGCACAUCCCUGAUAAGACCGUUUACUCUCCCACUCAUUUUUUUUUUUUUUUUUUGUCCUCCAUGUCUUUCUAUACUUGCAAACAUAAGUACUUAUACACAUGCACAGUUCAGGCCUCACCACAUACAUACUGCAUUCUAUUUAAGUUUCUGGUGUUUUCUAUGUGAGUUAGUUGUUUCUAGUUCUGUUUGUUUGUGAUAAUUAACAGAAUAAAUAUGUUUUCAUGCAAUUUCUUUUCUGUUUUACAAUUGAUCCUUGGCUGUGAGUCAAUUUAAUUACUGAGGAGACCUGUUAAAGCUUACAGCACCUAUCCUAACCUGUGCCUAUUAAAUUUUUUUGGCGAUGCA